AUGAGAGCUUGGCUUACUGCCAAGGCGGAGGAGGACAAGAGGCGGCAAGAGGAGGAGAGGACACGGCAGGAAGGCUACCGUCUCGAGCAGAGGAGGAUGGAGCACGAGAUCCUGAGGACCUCCCUGGAAGGAGGGAUACCACCGCCGCUGGUGCCGGUUGUUUUUGCAGGCAUGGGCGGUGGCGCACUCUCGCCGGCGGCCCUAGACUGGGCGCAGCAGUACAUGAUGUCGCAAACCCCUCAACAACACCCUCCCGCACUGAUGCCACCUGUGGCAGUCUCUUCAGAACACCAAAGGCGAGACUCGCAGGCCCCGAUGUACGGGCAGUACCCAGUUUCUGGCGGCGCCAUCCCAUCCACGCCGGGUUCGGCACAAGGGCCGCCGAGCACAUAUGCGGCCGGCUAUCCUGGUUCCCCCACGAGGCCUAGAGGACUUAGCAUGCCGGGGACGAUGGCGGGACGGCCAUCCGCUGGGACCGGAUCAAACUUGCCCAGCCUGGUCACUAACGCGCCGGGCGGGCCGGGCCAGCAAUCGGGACUGUCACAGCAUCAACAAGAGCCACAAGCGUCUCCGUCCAUAUACUUCCACCAUUGGCAACCCCCAACGACACAAGGAGGAGGACGGGGUGGGGCAGAGCAGCCCGCCACGCCCUCAGUAGGGGAAUCGCCACGCAAACGAAAAGCACCAGGACCACAGCAGGCCGCGCCGCCGCCAUCCACGCAUCGGCACCGUUCGCCGCCCUUCUUGCAUAGCACGGGCCUGUCAAAUCCGCCGCCCGGGCGCAGGCGAGGGCACUCGCGGCAGAGGAGUGACCUGGGUUCAUACCGACCUGGCGCUGGUCGGGGACGCGCGGAGAGUUUGGGUCCGGGGCGAGAGACGUCGCCAAUGCACACGGCAGGGGCAGGCCCCGCGCGGGAUAACGGCGAGCCGCUCUCGUCAACUCAGCACCAGGGCCAGGUACCAGCACAAUUCGCACCCCCACCCGCGCAGGCUCCAUCCGGACGGGUCGGGGCACAUUCGGUUUCAUCACUCCUGUCAGACAACCCGCAGUCUCCUCGGGCGACAACGCACUUCGCCUCCGGGAACCCGUCCGAAGGCCGGCACCAACAACACCAUCAGCACCACCACCACCAAAUGCAACAGCAACAGCAACACGGCCUGGCGCAAUUUGGUGAGAACGAGCGGAGACAGUCACCACGGUCGUCGGAGGAAAAACUUCGCGGUGGUGGUGGAGUCCAGGGAUCAACAGCCACGCGACCGGGAGAUAACAGCUGA